UGGUUGGUUUGCAGUAUGGCGAGCAGACGACACUGGCUGGGCGAGAAAUUGAGCUUGCUGUAGGGGUCAGAAUCUGUUGCACCCAAACUGUCGAUCACGAGGCUUUUCAAUCUUUCCGACGUAGGCUAUAUUAACUGGAAAGGUUCGAUCAAGAUGUGUCAUUUCUGCCAGCGCGUUUAAAACACGCUCCACCAUUCAAAGCUACUUCGACAACAACAACAAUUUACCACUGAAUUUGCUGUCGAGGUGCUCGGCCUUGGCUGUAAGACUUUCAAGUCAGUAAGGGAAGGCAGCUUUCAGGUGAUCAAGCGACAGGAAAAGGGAUGGAUUCUCUUAGCAACCAUUCCGAUUCUAGCAACAAAAGCAAUACUCUCCGGUGACCUACGGCAGUCUUCAGAAGAGAAAUGGCUUUGCUGAUCACGAGAUGUUGUCAUAUGACCACGCGGUCACGCUAGAAGGACCUGAUGACAGGCCGACUGUCUUGGUCAAGACUAAGGAGCAUGAUGACGCCGAGAAGUCUUCAGUCAGCGAGGAAAGUGAAAAACCUGUCCACCCGCUUAAAAGGCGCCUGCUGGGGGUGGCAUUCACAACGCUUCUGUGCUACAUCUGUGUGGCUUAUUCCUUGGGCUCCACGUCGUCACAGUACUUAUAUCAUCGCAUUUCUAAAAACCACUUCAAUGCCAGCAAUGGAACACAAAGCUCGUCUUUCUGCUCACAUGGCAACACUGGCGACAACAGCACAAGCUCUGAAGCAAGAAGACGCGCGCAGGCGGAAGCAUCCAACUUUUCUGUCUACCUAGACUACACGACCAACAUCCCUACUCUCUUCAUUUGCUUGUUCAUAGGUUCCUACUCUGAUUACGUAGGACGCCGCAUUCUCCUCAUGAUGGCCUUGUGUGGAUGCCUUGCGAAAACAACGAUUUUUCUGAUAGUUGUCAGCCUAGAGCUAGAUUUGAACGUCCUUUUCCUGGGUUACCUGUUCGGAAGGACUGUUUGGUUCUGUCUACGGCCUUCAGCUGGGAAUCGUAGCUGCUACUUCUGAUGUCACGGGCACAAUGAAAGAACGGGCCAUGUCCUUCGCUUUUCUAGAAGCUACCUUGGCCAUUGCCGGGGCGUUGGCGCAGGUGACCACUGGGGCCCUCAUCCAGACUGUGGGAUAUGUCGGCCCAGCAAUCCUGUGUGUAUCCUUAAUCUUCUUUGCGACACUCCUUGUGUUCUUCUUCAUGCCAGAGACUCUCCAACGACCUGAGAAAGUUAUCCUCAACCCUCUUGUUCACCUGCGCAAGGUGUUCGGCUUUUACAUCCUGGAGGGGUCGUUGCUGCGGAAGUCUGUGUUCUGGUGCUUGCUUAUGGCCUCCGUCUUCGUCUCCUUCUGUCAAAUGGGCCGAAUGAUGGUGGAAACCUUAUACAUGCUGAAUGCUCCGCUCUGCUGGCAUUCUUUAAAAAUCGGUGUGUAUGGAGGAAUUCGCCAGGUCGUCACUGUCGUCGGUGGAAUUGUGAUAUUGAAAGUGAUCCAGAACUACGUCAGUCACGUGACUGUUGGUCUUAUCGCCAUGGCGUCCGCAGCAGCGUCGUUCUUUCUGGAAGCUUUCGCUACGACUGACUGGAUGAUGUACUUGGUGCCUAUCUUGGGAAUUGCUUUCAUGUGUUCCUAUCCCAUCAUAAAGCUACUCAUGUCCAAUCUGGCUCCAUCUAACAAACAGGGCGCCGUCUUUUCAAGUAUGGCCGUCAUGGACACCAUCUGUCAUCUGACGUCCUCAACUAUGUACAACGCCAUCUACACGCGGACACUGAAAACAUUCUCUGGCGCUGUCUUCCUGCUUGUAGGGGGAUUUUGUAUCAUCAGUAUGCUCCUUCUUCUACUAUUCCGGUUCCUCUCCAAUAAGCUUCCAUCAGAUGACCCACCAGCAGAAGACCCUGAACAUGAAGAAACACAGAAAGAGAAAAGCCAGCCGUUUGUUCAAGACAUAAAUCAAGAACACUCUAAGCUUUAACCAAUGCAAACCAUUUUGGACCUAAUGGGCUUCCAUGGCCAUGGCUUGAUAACAAGUUGUGUGACAUUUUGGAACAAUUGGCUUAGUAACAAGUUAUGUGCGAGAAACGAGAAAGAAGUUUUUGGUAAAAACGGGUUUUAAAGUUUAGAAGGAAAGAAGACCUGCUGUAGGAUGUCUCUUUUGAUGAAAACUCAAAAGUUUCAAGUGACGUAUGAAACUGAUUUUAUAUAGGCAUGUUUGUGUGUGUGUGUGUGUGCGCGCGCGAUUGAACGUUUGUGUUUGGCUGGUGCUGCAAUGAUGAUGAUGGUGUGAUUUUCUACAUCCCUUAUCUUUAAGCAGAAAAACUUCACUGUAUAUAAAACAUUUGUUGUCAUUUAGUUUUUGUGACAAAUAUAACUUUGUAAGUUUCAUUGAGACAUAUCAUUUGAAGCAUGAUGAAUGGGAUCUUAACAAUUUCUAUCAUACACUUUUCUAAUUUCCAGGCCCACUUCAUUUGAUACUGCUGAAUUUACAAUCUGGGUUAACGUAAAAUAUAAUGAUACUUCGGUUUUUGUUUGCUUGGAAUUAUUACAGUACGGGAGGGGUAGAUCUUAUCCACUUCAGGGUGGUAAUUGUGAGUUACUGUUUUCUUAACUAUAACUUGCAGCUAGAAUACACUUUUAUUCAUCAAAUCAAGAAGACAAAUGUGGCUUUGACGUAGAGACUAAACAAUCGCUAAGAAAUCGGUACCUGUACAGACAUAAAAUCCAGGUCCAACUUUUCUACUCUUCAGGCAGCAGGCGUUUUACGGCAAAUAUUAUCAUGAGAUUUUAACUGUAAUUAAUAAACUAAGUACAUUGAAAGCAGGCUGUGGGUUUGUGUGUGUGUGUGGGCGCAUGUUUCUUUUUAUUGAUUUAACAGAGCGAUGCUUACUUCUACCAAAAAUAAAAUUGCACAAUUCUAUUGCUCAUCCAGACACUUUCUAAUUCUACACAACUGCCAACCAAUGAUACAUCUGUUCAUUUUGAAUCAUACUUUUGAUUUAUUGUAACCAAUUGUUUUUGUGACAAAAAAAAAUCAAGCUUGUUGGACACAUCAUCAAAUCAAUAUGAAAAUUAAUGAAAUGAAAUCUUUUGCAAUAACUGCGGCUGUUCCACACUGAGGCUUCACAGAUCGCCAUUUUGCUCACAACUGGCUUUUGCCUCUAGAGAUUAGUCCUGAUACUUCUAUACUACUAUAUGUGUCGUGUGCCAAUACAGUUAAAUACAGCAGACGUUUGCACUGGCUUUGGCAUGAAAAAGAUUCCUGAUUGCAUAAAUGGUACAAAUUAUUACAUUUUCGCUGGCACACAAGCACUUUAUUGAUGCAAGCUUAUAUCUGUGCAAGAACUGAGCAAUGAACUUGAAAGUCUAUAAUUUUCACAAGACAAACAAAAAUUUAGUAAGCUGCCAAGCUUUCAUCUGCAGCAGAUCAAAUAUAAAGCAAAUAUUUCCAUAUGCUAUCAAGUGAGAUUGUUAUUCUGAUUCUGAAUGAUAAAUUAACCACAUUCAAACCUAAUUUUUGUAACCAAUAUACUUUAGAUCUUUAUUAGCCGAGUCACAAUAAACCUGCGAUAUUCCCAUACAGGUUUACAGUUAUGCAUCCUUUUCCAACCAUUAUAAUUUGAAUUUUGAUUUGUGUAAAGGCAUCUUGUCUGCCACAAUUCGCUGAGUGAUAAAGCUUGAAAUUUACCCACCACUCAGUAUACAUCCGUGAGAUCCUGAGAGAUCGGACAGAGUAAGGUUGAAUUCUUUCAAGAAGGCCAUAGAGCAAUUUAUGAAAUGAGUAUUUACAGUGAACAAAAUUUGAUCUAACAGAAAACAGUUACAUCUUAAAACAUCAAAUGUGCAACUUUUGAAGGAUAUGAAAAUACACCUAUAACUGUUAACAGCUGUUAAAGUCUGAAGCUACAAAAUGAAAUGUAGAUUCAAAAAUGAUCAAAUUCCACGACAUCUUAAAAAACCUUCUAUAAUACCCUGCCUUGCUAAAGCAAGUCUAAAGACAUAGGUUCUGAAUAGUGUACUUUGUACAGUCCAAGCAUGUGACACUUUUAUGAUAAUGUAAGCCAUUUGGGAACUUUUAAUGCAUGCUCAUUAUAUACUGAAUGGUUGUACUGACAAAAGUAACAAAAGUCUUUUUUU